AUGGAGCAAGUGAAAUUGUUGUAUGGUGCCUGUUUAACCGUGGCUGACCGCUACGGAUGGUUGGCGUUCAAGGUUAUGUUGCUGAUCGCCUACCACGCAUACUUCUUUUGCGCAUUGUUUCAUGACUAUCAGAAGGCGAACACUCUGCUGGUGCUGACGGUGACCAGCUGGGCGGCGAUCGUCUAUUUCAAGGGCAUUAAAAUUUACUGCCUUCCCAAGCUGUCCAUCUCUCAGAUCAGCAAGGAACGUGCGCUCCGUUUCGUGAAGAACGUCCAUGUACAACGGUUGUUCUGA